ACUCAUCCAUUUAAGGAUUUUUGCCAUGGAUGAGGUUACAAAUCAUUGUUUUCCCUCCAUCAUCUCCUUCUUCAAUCUAUUCAUAACAAGAAACGCACGCCCUUUACAAAACAUAACUAUAUAUGUCAACAUUACCAAUCUCUUCACCAUUUCAAGCACAAAACCAAAUCCCCAUUCAAAAAACCCCCAGACCCAUUUCACCAAAUCAAAAACCCACCUCAAAUUAUGCUUCAUGGGUCGAAAAACUUCGGUCCAAUACUCGGGCCAACAAUUUCCACGAAGCGAUAUCGGUCUAUAUCGACAUGACAAAAUCGGGUAACAAACCCGACAACUUUGCUUUCCCUGCUGUUUUAAAAGCCGUGACAGAAAUUCAUGACUUGAAUUUAGGUCAGCAGGUUCACGGGGCUGUUGUUAAACAUGGGUACGAUGUAUCUUCGGUGACCGUGUCGAAUACAUUGUUGAAUAUGUAUGGGAAAUGUGGGGUUUUGAGUGAUGUAGUUAAGGUGUUUGAUAAAAUUACUGAAAGAGAUAAAGUUUCUUGGAAUACUAUGAUUGGUUCAUUGUGUAGGUUUGAAGAAUGGGAGCUUGCAUUAGAUAUGUUUAGGAGAAUGCAAUUUGAUGAUGAGGUGGAACCGAAUUCGUUUACUUUGGUGAGCGUUUCGGUUGCUUGUUCACAAUUGGGGUCUGUUAGGCUAGGGAAGCAGGUUCAUGGGUAUUGUUUGAGAAGUGGGGAGAAUAUGAGUUUUACGAAUAACUCGUUGAUGUCAAUGUAUGCAAAGCUAGGUAGAGUUGAAGAUUCUGUUUCGAUAUUUGAGAUUUUUGCUGAAAAGAAUUUGGUUACUUGGAAUACUAUGAUUAGUUCGUUAUCUCAGAAAGAUCGGUUUGAGGAGGCAAUGGGUGUUUUUAGAGUUAUGGUUGGUGAUGGAUCAGUAAAGCUUGACGGUGUAACCAUUUCGAGUGUUCUUCCUGCUUGUUCUCAUUUGGAGUUGUUAGAUUAUGGUAAGGAAAUUCAUGCUUAUGCUUUAAGGAACGGUAGUUUGAUUGAAAAUUCGUAUGUGUGUAGUGCUUUAGUUGACAUGUAUUGCAAUUGUAGAGAAGUUAUAACGGGUCGUAGAGUUUUUGAUGGGCUUGUGAAUAGAAGCCUUGCGAAUUGGAACGCUAUGCUUGCUGGCUAUGCACAAAAUGGAUUUUAUGAUGACGCGUUGAUGCUUUUCUUUGAGAUGACGGAGUUUUCGGGACUUUUUCCUAGCCCCACGACCAUGGCAAGUGUAUUGCCGGCUUCUGUGCACUGUGAAGCUUUUCGUGACAAAGAAGGCAUGCACGGUUAUGUUUUGAAAAUGGGGUUUGGUAAAGACGCGUAUGUGCAAAACGCAUUAAUGGACUUGUACUCUAGAAUUGGAAAGAUUGAUAUUUCGAGGAACAUAUUUGAUAACAUGGAGAUAAAGGACACAGUUUCUUGGAAUACGAUGAUCACAGGAUAUGUGGUUUGCGGAUGUCAUGAACACGCGUUAGAUCUGCUACACAAGAUGACACAAAGAGAUGAAACAAAUGAUCAAAAUGAAGCUAAUAGUACCCGAAAUGUUGUGUGUAAACCGAAUUUAAUAACUUUAAUGACCGUUCUUCCUGGUUGUGCAGCCUUAGCAGCUCUGGCAAAAGGGAAAGAAAUCCAUGCUUAUGCUAUUAGAAAUCUAUUAGCGUCAGAUGUUGCUGUAGGUAGUGCACUAGCCGACAUGUAUGCGAAAUGUGGCUGCUUAAAUUUAGCCAGAAAUGUGUUUGACUUGAUGCCUGUUAGAAACGUGAUAACGUGGAACGUUAUGUUUUUGGCUUAUGGUAUGCACGGGAAAGGAGAGAUUGCCAUGUCGCUUUUUGACAAAAUGGUGGCUGAAGUCAAGCCUAAUGAGGUCACAUUCAUUACACUUUUUGCAGCAUGUAGUCAUUCAGGAAUGGUAAAUGAAGGCCGCAACUUGUUUCAUAGAAUGAAAACUGAAUAUGGUGUUGACCCGACUGAAGAUCAUUAUGGAUGUGUUGUUGACUUGCUGGGUCGAGCCGGUCAAUUAAGUGAAGCCUAUGAGCUUAUCAACAACAUGCCUUCAUGGUUCAAUAAGGUAGGUGCUUGGAGUAGCUUACUUGGUGCUUGUUGGAUUCACCAAAACGUGGAACUUGGGGAGAUUGCAGCGAACCAUCUACUCGAAUUAGAGCCAGAUGUGGCUAGCCACUAUGUUCUUCUCUCAAACAUAUACUCAUCUGUCGGGUUAUGGGAAAAAGCAACCGAAGUGAGGAAAAGUAUGAUCAGAAAUGGGGUAAAGAAAGAACCCGGGUGCAGUUGGAUUGAGUUUGAUGAUGAAGUUCACAAAUUUGUUGCAGGAGAUAAUUCACAUCCACAAAGCGAGCAGCUUCACGAGUUUCUUGAAACAUUAUCAGAGAGAAUAAAAAAGGAAGGUUACGUGCCUGAUACAUCAUGUGUUCUGCACAAUAUAAACGAGGAGGAAAAAGAGACGCUGCUAUGCGCCCAUAGUGAGAGACUGGCAAUAGCAUUUGGAUUACUCAACACGCCACCUGGCACUCCAAUUAGAGUUGCUAAAAACCUUAGAGUUUGCAAUGACUGCCAUUCCGCAACCAAAUUCAUUUCCAAAGUCGUUGAAAGGGAGAUCAUUGUAAGGGACGUUAGACGAUUUCACUACUUCAAAGAUGGCAAGUGCUCAUGUGGUGAUUAUUGGUGAGAUCAAGAUUAGGAUCAUCUCAUGCCAGUAAAAGCUGAUUGACCAAUCAUUGGUUAGGAAAACUGAGGCAGUCGAGAAGACGAGAAGAGCAAGGAAGAAGCAAAUCAGCAAGUAAAUCAGGAAGCAGAUCAGAAACAGCCUAUUUCACAGUCGGAGCCGACUAUGCCUGUUUCUGGUCUGACUUCAAUGUCGGCGAUUGGGGUUUCGACUUCUAAGGUGACGAGCAUUGGGACGGAGGAGGAUCAGGUUUCGCCCUUGUCACAGUCGACCUCGACAACGGUGACUGAAAAUUCUGCAGAGACAAUAAUAGGGUUUUCAACACGUGUGGCAAAGAAAGAGGAAGAUAUUGGCAGUGACCGAGGGGAAAGCAAGAAGAUGGUGAUGAGUUAUUCGGCAUGGGGCUAUAUUGGAUGUCAACUGCAACUGAAUAUAGUUUAGGAGUGGCUGGAACUCAAAUAUAGUUUAGGAGUCCCCGAUACUCCACAUCCAGAAUCUAUCCAAGUUAAUAGCUGACUUUUGUUGGUUGGAUUCGUGCUAUUCGUUCUUAUUACUCAUGUGUUUUCUGGAAUUCUGUUUGUAUACUUAUCAGUUCUUCAAGAAUAUUCGAUCAACAUGAUAUUUGUA